UUUUAUUUAUAGAAAAUUAUAUCUCUAUUUAUAUUAGGUUUUUCUUUCUGCUGCCCAUUAUUAUAAUAAUUAUAAAUAUAAUUAAAAGAAAACAAAUAUGCAGUGUAUGUUGAGCAAUUCUUCUUCUUCCUGUUCUUAUGCUGCUUCUUCUUCAUGUUCACCCUUCCCCAAGUUGCAGGUUUCAAGUAGUAUAUUGGGCAACAGACUAUCUUUUCCAAGGGGCGUUUCAAGGUUACCGAAACUCCGGGUUUCGCCGGCUUCAGGUUCGAAAGUUGUAAAGGCUGUUGCUACUCCAUAUUCGGCUGUUGAAUUGCCUCUUACAGCUGAAAACAUUGAGAGCGUAUUGGAUGAAAUCCGACCUUAUCUCAUUGCGGAUGGAGGUAAUGUUGCAUUACACGAAAUUGAUGGAAAUAUUGUACGCUUAAAGUUACAAGGAGCUUGUGGUUCCUGUCCAAGUUCUGUAACCACAAUGAAAUUGGGUAUCGAAAGGCGUCUUAUGGAGAAGAUCCCUGAAAUAGUUGCAGUUGAACCAAUCCCAGAUGAAGAAACUGGACUUGAACUCAAUGAAGAAAACAUUGAGAAGGUGCUGGAAGAAAUACGUCCGUAUCUUGUUGGGGCAGCAGGUGGAUCAGUAGAGCUGGUGUCCAUAGAAGAGCCGAUAGUAAAAGUACGCUUAACAGGUCCUGCAGCAAGUGUAAUGACUGUAAGAGUUGCCCUGACUCAGAAACUGCGCGAGAAAAUACCUUCCAUAGCUGCAGUUCAACUUUUACAAUAGAUGUUCGUAUGCUUUCUUAUGUUUCAAACAUAUUUGGGAUCAAUUGAACCUUGGUUCAGAGGGUGCUUUACCAAGCUACAAACUCCAUGCCUCUUUUUUUUUUUUUUUUCUUUUCAUUAUAGUUCUCAUCAUAAAGUAAAAGCCAUGUAAAUAUAUUAAACGUAUCUGGCUAUAGCGUAAAAUUGUUGGUCACUCCGACUUGUAAUGAGUUGAUUUAAAAUUUGCCAAGGUAUAUUUAUAUGCAUAAUGAUACAAGAUCACAUUAUUUUUUCA